AGAUCGACACUAUAAAAGUGGACAGAUGAGUUCUGGUUAGAAUCAUAGUUAGUUGUGCUUCCGCGUUUGAAGUUAGCCCUGUCGACACGUACAAAACUGCCAAAGAUGAAGUGUUUUGCUGCCAUUGUGAUUGUUGCCAUUUCGCUGGUUGCCGACGGAGCAGUAAUUCCUUGGAUCUGGCCAGGUGGUCCUAUUGCUAUUCCUGCCCCAGCAGGCUUAGCAAUUCCCGGAGCAACUGUUGUCCAGUCGAAUCCACCGGCAGCAGUCCUACUGCCGGCGCCGGGCGCAAUUGCGCUCGAUACCUCAGGAGCUCCUGUUGUGCUCCUGGCACCUGCUCCAGCACCGCCUGCCGUAGUUGCUGUUCCAGCACCGGUUCCAGCCGCUGCUACUUCUGUUUCCGCUACUCGCGGUUCUGUUCACGUAGCCCCUCUGCCGGGACAUUCGGUAUCGCAGCAACAGCUGAAUUUGGCUCCCGCUCCUGGAUCGGAAUGACAUCGUUCUGAAUACUCGAAUACUUUAACGGUUACUGGCUAUGAGCACUGAGUCCCAUUAACGGGCUUAAAUUUUGUUAUUAAUGAUCGGAGAUUUCCUCCUGAUUGUAUUGUACAAUUACAACCUAUAAAAUAAAUUGCAAUUUUUCAACCUAAAGGUUGACCACCAAAAAACGUUUUAAAACAUCUAAUGAGUUCAUGUCAAGCUGUGGUACAGUGAUUAAUUGUGCGGGUCGUUUUUCGUUUGAAAAUAG